GCCUAGUUCGCGCGCGGAGGCGGAAAUCGCAGGGGCCUGGACGCCCUGGUAGCUUCGGGUUGCGUUUCCUCGGCGGCUGCUAUCAUGGUGCGGAAGCUGAAGUUCCACGAGCAGAAGCUACUGAAGCAGGUGGACUUCCUGAACUGGGAAGUUACCGACCACAACCUCCACGAACUGCGCGUGCUGCGACGCUACGGACUGCAGCGGCGCGAGGACUACACACGGUACAACCAGCUGAGCCGGGCCGUGCGCGAGCUGGCGCGGCGCCUGCGCGACCUGUCGGAGCGCGACCCGUUCCGCGUGCGUGCCUCCGCAGCUCUGCUGAACAAGCUCUACGCUCUGGGCCUGGUGCCCACGCGCGGCUCACUAGAGCUGUGCGAUUUCGUCACGGCCUCGUCCUUCUGCCGCCGUCGCCUGCCCACCGUGCUCCUCAAGCUGCGCAUGGCUCAGCAUCUCCAGGCUGCCGUGGCAUUUGUGGAACAGGGGCACGUACGUGUGGGUCCGGACGUGGUAACCGACCCCGCCUUCCUUGUCACCCGCAGUAUGGAGGACUUUGUCACCUGGGUCGACUCGUCCAAGAUCAAGCGACACGUGCUGGAGUACAAUGAGGAGCGCGAUGACUUUGACCUGGAUGCCUAGCAGGUCUCGCUGUCGCGCCAGCUGCCUCUUCCGGCUGGAAAACAGGCCUGACGCUGGCGAUCCGAGAGCGUUCUCGACAAGUGUCACCUACUUGCAGUUUCUCAGGAACUUGGCUUCUCGACCGCAGGUCACAGAGCCGAGGUGGGGAAGGUCACUCCUAUUGUCCAGGAAAUUUUCUUACAACUGACUACUGGUAAUUAAAUGAUGGUGCCUUCAGACAGUAGUGGGAAGCUGUUUUGUUCUACCUUGGAGAUUGUCUGGUGUCCUUUGGUACCAGAAGACGUUGCGGUGUAAAAGCAGGAACAUUGCUCUCCUGUUCCUUUAUCGUCUUGUAGCAGGACCAAUUUCUUCAGUUUAUUUAACUCUAAUAUUUGCUUCUGUUCGUGAGUAACUUGUGGAGGGUUUGGGCCCAAGUUUCCAUAAAAUGAGUGAGACUUUGGUGUUUAGGGUUCCCCCAUUUAAAGGAACGCUUUCCUGGUACCAAUAAAUGGCUCCUUCGCUUUAUAAAUGCA